GUGAGGACGAUUUAGAAACGAAAGGAAGAGGAGGGUCGAGGAACCAUGGCCUGUAUGGUGGCUGUUUGCAGUGGUCUAGGGAGGAAAAAGUUGACGCACUUCUUAAAGGCCGCUGUCAGCCUCCCAAAUCCCGGGACUCACGCCGUUGCAGUGCUAAGAAGUUGUUCACAGUAUCAACAGGUAACCAGCAAUGAGGAUCUGCCCAUUCCAAUGGAAAAUCCUUAUAAGGAGCCUCUUAAAAAAUGUGUCUUGUGUGGAAAACGUGUAGAUUAUAAGAAUGUACAGCUUUUGUCUCAGUUUAUUUCUCCAUUUACUGGAUGCAUUCAUGGAAGGCACAUAACAGGUCUUUGUGGGAAGAAACAAAAAGAGAUCACAAAAGCAAUUAAGAGAGCUCAAAUAAUGGGGUUUAUGCCAGUUACAUACAAGGAUCCUGUGUAUCUCAAAGACCCUAAAGUUUGUAAUAUCAAAUAUCGGGAGUAAAAUGUAUAAAGUUAUCAUCAAUAAACUUAUUUUAAAAUAAA